AUGCCGGUCCUUCUCCCAUGCACCGCAACGCUGGGCAAUGAGGCCGAACAAGAACAUGGCGAUCAAGACCCCGAGCCAGCCCUCGAUGAAGACACGAACCAGACAAAUGGAGCAGACCGAAUUGCCCAACGAUAUUGGUUUUAUGCCGGGCACCUUUGUCCGGCCGUUGUGGAGGCAUAUGCCUUCGAUCUUCGAAAAGCCCCGGGAGAGGCUACAGAUGGAAUGGACAUGGUUGAAACCCGUCCCAAAGGCGAGGAAAUGACCUGGUCUCUGCUCAAGUACCUCCGCACUCCAGGCACAUAUUUCACAGGACUGCGCAUCAUGUCAGAUCGAGCGUCGGAAUUGCCCGACCUCCCCAACUCGGGUAUCCGCCAGAUCGUCCUACGCAUCACGAGUCGACAGGCCACUAGCAAAAAGUCCACUCGCCCGGGCGACAAGGACGUAGCCCCCGCUUAUAAGGAGCAGGAUUGCACCGAGUAUGUGGUCAUCCAGUCGAUCCGUUGGCAAAACAACGACUCUGGGUGGCAGGUCUGGGGCCAUGUCAGCCCGACGACCUUGCACACUCUUCUAACCGAUCCCUAUUUCAAGCCCGGGUUGACCUUGACCGAGCGUCUUUCGGCUAUUCGGGAGGGUUCGGGAAUGAAAUAA